GUUUCUGCUAGUACCAUGGAGCUGCCGCUGUAUACUGCUUAGUUGAACCACACCCCACCUAUUGAUCCUCUGCUUGCUCUGUGCAAGGUCGAUGCACCGAACGUCAACACUACGCAACUACGAGAAUAUAGGCUAAUUUAUCUUUGGUAGCUUGGUCAUUGUCAGCAAGUUGCCAGACCUUGCUUUCCAUGCUCUCCUCCUUGAAUGUAUAGUCCACUAUGUAUGCAAAACCCCCUCGUGUACAAAAGACCACGAAUGACAUUGGAAAUAUUAGGUCGAUGCCUCUGCGAGCAAUAGCAAGCAAUGUUUCAGCAAAUGAUUCCAGAUUAUCAUCCCUAAGAGGUGCAGAUGUUAGAAUCCUAAGAUCCGAUUACCGCAAACUACAAAUAUUUUCAUUCUGUUGCUUCUUUUCCUUGUUUCACCUUUUUUGGCUCUGCCACCGGAGCGAUGGUACAAGACCUUUACACCCACUCCCAUUCCUUUCCUCUUUGUUUAGCGUUCACCACAUCAAUAUAUCCCUUGUCUCCGUUGCUUUUUAUCACCCUACAUCUUCCACCUUGUGCUCUAGACCUUGAGCAUGUGUGCCCUCUGCUACAGCCAAGCAGAUGAGGACCCUUGUGGAUACACAUGUGCCAC